GUUGCUCUGCUUUGCUAUUGCUAAAGAGCUGCUGUGCUGGUGGUAGAAUAAUAGAAUUCAACACAAAACUCAAUGGAAUAAUAACAAACGCCGCCGGUGUUAAUGUUGGUUGUAUUGUUGUAAUUCAUUUGCUAAAGACCAAAGGACGACGAUGAAGAAACAAAUUUUAAAACCAAACAACAACGACUAAAAACAUGCAGCAGAAACAAAGUGUGUGUAAAUAAUUUUGUGGUUUUGCGUUAAAUAAUUAAUGACAAACACCAAUAAAGGAAACAAAUAAACCAAAAAAAUAUAUAAAACAGCAACAACAACAAAAAAGUAAAAGUGUUUAAGUGAAAUUUAUAAAUAAAUAAUCAAUUUAUAAAACAAUUAACAAACAAAAAGGAAUAUUUAAGCAACAAAAUAAAGUUGAAAUUUAAAUAGAAAAUAACUAAAAUAAAUUAAUGAAUUGAUUUUAUAAAGCAAAAAGACUCAAAUAAAAACUAUGGAUCAUCCUAAUCUCCCCUUUGGCUUUGCCCUACCCGGACACACUCAUCCACCCAUACCACCAACUGCAAAUAUGCUGGGUCCCCAUCCCAGUGGUCAUCCAGGACCAACAUCUAGUCCACCACAAAGUGUGCCCGGCAGAAGAACUCCCUUGGGCUCAGUGGGCCUGGGAGGUUUCUAUGCUCAAAGUUUGGGAAUGCUGCCGCCAGGAGAUGAAAAUAAACCAGAUUCGGGAGUGGGUGCGGCAAUGGAUAAAGCAAGUCCUAAUUUAAUGUUGGCAGCCUCAACAAGUGGUAGUGGUAGUGGAACGGUGCCUUCAUCCGUAACGGGGCUAGGAGCCUCUAGUAGUGGGGGUGGGGCCAGCAGCAGCUCGGGAGGAGCUGGUGGCGGGGGAAAACAUAAGAAUAGACAAGGAAAAACUGUGAGAUUAAAUAUAAAUGCAAGGGAACGCCGCCGAAUGCACGAUUUAAACGAUGCCUUAGAUGAACUGCGCAAUGUGAUACCUUAUGCUCAUUCGCCCUCGGUGCGCAAACUUUCGAAAAUUGCCACACUACUGCUGGCCAAAAACUAUAUACUUAUGCAACAGAAUGCCAUAGAGGAAUUAAGAAGACUUUUAGCUUAUAUACAAAGCACCACGGGAGCCGCUCCUUUGGAUUUGGCUUCAUUUCCAGCAGCUGCUAAGCUUCAAGCUUUGCUGCAGAGUGCGGGCAGUGAAUUCAAUGAUCCUCAUGAUAGUAGUUGUUAAAAUUAAGAUUUUUCAAAGUUCUUAAGGGCAGUUUUUGUCAAAUUAGUAUAAUUUUUAUUAUUUA